UAUUUUAGUUGAACUUGGAGAAACCCGGAAGAAGCGUGUCGAUCACUUGACCAGUAGUGAUUCCUACUGUUUUGACAAUUUUCGGUUUUACGCGUUUGUCGUUUUUCUCUGUAUUUUUUUUUUUCCGUUGCAGCACAAACUCGGAGGAAUUGCUGCAACUCAACAGCUCCAUUCCAUGCACUGAUAAGUUAAAAUCCGCGUGAUAAUUGAAAGCGCUUCGUCUUACAUGAGAAAACUCGACUGGGACUGGACAACAUCAACAUCUUUUUUUUUUUUGCAAGAACAACCGUAGCUUCUAACGCUAUAAUUGUUUUCUGUCCCGGCAUAUUCGACAAUGGCCUGUGUCUGUUGGUGCUGACAGUUGCAUGCUCUUUCCAAACUAAAUGGUUAGAGGUAUUGAAGUGCUAAAAACAGAUUAACGUGGUUAAGGAAUGGAAAAUGGCUACAUCUGAGAUUAUGCUAAGUCUUGGACUAAUUGAGAAGGAUGUAAAUGCAGACACGCUUUGGGUUUGGUGUUAUCCUUCUAUCAGUGCUGAUCUGCGAGAGGUUCUGUUGAGAAAGUGUUGCCUGCCGUUGAACAACCAGGUGCUGCACACCUUUGUGUUUGGACAGCACUGCCGAACCUGGUACUACAUCACCACUGUGGAGGUUCAGGAGCCAUCCGCGCUUAAAAAGGUGACGCAUUUCUCAGUAGUUAUCACAGCUAAGGACUUCAACCCUGAAAAGUACGCUGCGUUCAGUAGAGUUCUGUGCAGGACGUAUACCAAACAUGGAAGUCCAGUGAAGAUGAUGGAGUGCUACAUUGCUGUUCUGACCAAAGGGAUUUGCCAGAGCGAUGAGAACGGCUCCUUCCUUAUCAAAGAUUAUGAUAUCAGGAAGGCCUACCUGGCCGGAUCCUUAAAAGAUGUUGUGUCACAAUUUGGUAUGGAGACCAUCAUCCUGUACACAGCACUAAUGUUGAAAAAAAGAGUGGUGGUCUAUCACCCCCGGAUUGAGGCUCUGCUGGAGUUCACAAGAGGUAUUCCCGGAUUGGUGUGGCAUAGAAAAGACUGGUCCAUCCUCCACCCUUUCGUUCACCUGGAUGAUAAUGAGCUGGAGAACCUCAAGCUGUGUACAGGGUACGUUGCAGGGUUUGUCGAUCCCGAAGUCAGAGACAGAUCGGAUUUGUUUGAUGUGUAUGUUAAUCUUCCAGACAGUGAAAUCACCGUGUCACAAAACGCUAAAGAGGCGAUGGCUAUGGGAAAACUUCAUAAAGAGAUUGGCAACUUCAUUGUCCAGGCAGCAGAGGACACUGAUCGCACAGAUCCACAGGUUAUUAAGGAUAUUUCGGUAAAAACUAAGGAGAUCCUCAGUAACCUGAUGUCUCUUGCUGAUGAAGCAGAUAACUCUAAACUGACUUUGGAGUCUCUGAAGCAGAGGCACUACCCUCCAGCCACUGAAAACUUCCUCUUCCACUUAGCUGCAGCCGAGCAACUCCUGAAGAUCUGACCAAUCGGUGUAUGCAACUGGCACCGAUCGGAAAGGAAGAACAGCAACAAUCUGUGUAUAAUUUCAGGGGUAGUGAACAGGGCAAAAGUUAUAUAAGAACAAAAAUAUAUUUCAUAGAAAGAUAUAUAAAAUGUAGCUAUAUAAAACAUGAUGGCUACACCUCAUGAGUGUAAGUAUGUUGAAUGUAACAUUUGUAUGUGAUAACAGGUUUGAGAUAAAUAACCUUUUGGUAACAUAUGGAUUUAUAAUUUUGUCUCUGAAAACAUUCCUGAGGUACUAAUAAUGUUCAUAACCUUAAUCUGGCAUGCUCAUAAUUGCACAUCAGUGUGAAAGGGUUGACUAAAGGACAUUUAUUUUGAAGGGUCCCAUUACAUUUCAAAUGUAAAAAAAAAAAAAAAAAAAAAAAGUCACUUAAAACCAGUUUUACUUAACUAUUGCGUGCCAAAACCUCAUCUUAAAGUUGUGAUGUUAAUUAGUCUCUUCAUGUCAGAAAUCUUUUUAUCUAAUAUGCUCAAGUGACAAAAGACAUUCCCCAUGUUAGAUGGAAAUGUGUUCCCACAUUUUGCAUUUCUGCAGUGAUUGCAUUCGUUUAAUCUGCUUAAUAAUGUGACUAACCCUUGUUAUCAAGGGGAAACCUUUGUGCCUAAACAGAUCAUAGAAGAUAUACUGUAUGUGUGCAAUAUAUCCUGAAAAAAAGAGGAUGCUUAAACGUUCUUUAACACCAUCUUCAUCCUUUACAUAGACUCAUUCCUCAGAUACUUUGUUAAAUAUAUAUAUAUAUUUAUGUGACCAAUAAAUAAACAAAUAUGUUAUUGUGAGUGGCAACAGGACACAAGCACAGCGUUAUUAGCAUAACCUGGUAAAAUCCACUUCAGUGCAGUGUUUAAAACGUUUUUUUAGCCUGACAUGCAGCUAUUAAAUGAAUAUGAAUUCACAGAUCA